GCGAACGGUCUUUUGUAAGGUUGAAAAGCAAGACAAAAGAUAAACAUCCUCGGCCUCGGUUGCAGCUUGUCACCGCGCUCGUCCCAAUCCGCCCACCCGAGUCCCCGCGACGAGACAUGGGGGUGUCGGACGAAAGCAAAUCCCCUCAGGUGAAUCAUCAUAUGGCCAUUGUCUUGGGCAUCGGACUCGGAGUCGCGACCUUAAUCAUCAUGUGUUUGCUUCUGACCCUUUUCGUCAAUCGUCGGGAGCGCCAUCCGGUUCUCAAAACGAAAGGCAGCUCCAACGACAAACUGCGCCGGCUGGAUGCCGUCUCCCCAACUCGAACUCUAGAAGACUGGUGGUCGCGAGCCAAAGGGCCCCUAUUACCGUCGGAAGGCGUGGAGGGUGAUUUCAUAUGCGUCGUGUGCCUCGAGUCCGUCCUGCGCUGUCAGGAGAUCCGGGAACUCAAAUGCCUGCACGUCUUCCAUAAAGAAUGUCUGGAGAAGUGGUAUCUCCAGGACCAUUUCAAUUGCCCCCUCUGCCAUAGAGCAUAUUACGUUCAAGAGACGCAUCCCAGUAAUGAGUUUGUAUGGAUGGUCUGAAUGGUGCUCGCCUCACGCCACCCCCGACCGACCGUUUCUUUCGGUUCUCAAGGCAUUCGCCUGAUGUCCGUCUUACUCCACUCCGAUAAUGUCGGCCAGAAUAUGCAGCACCAUCUGCUUCUUG